AUGCCCUCUAGCUACCCCCAGGAUCUCUUGUCCAAUACCAUUGAUCUCACCAAUGACGACUUUGUAAACGCCGAAGCGGGAGUUUCUCAUCAAACAAUUGACCCGUCGUUCCUGAAUGAAAUUGCCCGAUCGUCAAAUCCAUCUCAAACUAUUGCCAGCAGCUUUUCAUUUGGAGUGGACUACGAAAGACCUGAGGGGUUGUUCAAUUAUUUCCAGAACGAUCUCUCGGUUCAGCCACAGCUAAGCACACCUCAAAGUGCUGGAGUGAACCAUCUUGCCGGACUUGCCCCACGACCCGCUGGGGUCCCUCAUCAACCAGCUCUUGCCCCCGCACCCAAGAAGGCCCCGGCUAAAAAGGCUACACAAGCCAAGAAGACUGGUACAAAGGGACAGCAGAAGCACCCGGAAGAGUUGGACAGUGGCAGUUCCGACGAGUCUGAUCUGGAGGUUGAUCCGGAGCCGUCUCCACUUCCUCCAGUUCGCUCGAGCGAGCCGCUGGAAGCUGCUCAGUUUGAUACUAUUCAAGCGGUCUGGUCUCCGCGCAAUCUGCGCGUCUCUGCAGAAAAGGUGAAGACCUCCCUUGUGGCAUUCAAGGAUGUGGUGAAGGGGCUUCGCGAUGGCUGGAAAGACCAAGUCCAAGCCAUGAAAACCGCAGAGAACCAAGGCGAUAAUGACAAAGCAGCCAAACUUAAGCAGGCCGUGGCCCUCCAGCGUCGCAUCAUGGAGAAGAUUAUCUCCACUACUCUAGAAACAGGCCAUCCUGUUAUUGUCGAGAAGAUCGGCGAACAUCCGGUGACGCUGUCGGUGUUCUACUCAUUCUUGGCGGAUCGUUUCCAGGCGGCUGAUUUGGAAGGCUCGCUGACAAUGAACUUGCUCAAGCUUCUUUCACGUUUCGUGACUGUAGACGAAGAAUUACUGCAGAAGACCAAUAUGGCCAAGCUGCUCCCUCGAUUUGUCAAGAAGGGAACUCCCCACGUUAAGGAUCUUGCACAGACUAUCCUAGACAAUGCUGCUGCCUCUACCAAAAGGAAGCAGAGUAAUGCAAAGCCAAUUAAGGAAGAGUCACCUGCUAAGGGGGACUCCCCGUCGGCGGACAUUGUGGGCGCCAAACGUCCGCGAGAUAGUGAGAGCAACGGCCAACCCGCUACGAAGCGCAUGGUUGUCACGUCCAAUCUCAAGGACACCGUGAAAUCUUCCUCUGCUACAAACGGUCCUAUCAAACGUGUCACAGAUGGUAUCCAAAACGGCAAGCCUGCUACGACACCGGCUGCCCAACGCCCGAAAGUACCUCUCGCCGCACCCAAGCCAACUGUCUUCUUCGGUGCACUAAGCUCAGCAUCAAAGAGACUGGGCACCACCAACGCAGAGAGAAAAGCGGCUCAAGCGGCUGCAAAGUCUACGCCUCCGCCUGAAACGAAAGAAAAACCAGCGGCACCCGCACCCAAGCCCGCAUUUUCAUUCGGCGACCUCAUGGCGGACCUUAACAAGCCAAAGCAGACCGUUGUCGCCAAGCCCGCUGAAGACAAGCCUCCAGAGACCGAAGAAGAGCGCCAGAAGCGGCUACGCAAGGAGGCGCGGCGCAAACUGCGAGUCACUUGGAAACCAGAUGAUUCUUUGACCGAAGUUCGGCUGUUCACCCAUGAUCCGGAUGAAGAAAUUGGCCCUGGCGAUGGAUCUAUGCGUGGCUUGGAGGAAGAUGAUCUUGGCGGUAUACGGGAGGUUACUUUGAAUGACUACACCAGCCUAUCCGAAAUUCUGAUCGAGUCUGCGGAUAUGAGAAGUGCCAACUUCAUUAAACGUGGCGGUGAUGAGCUUCCCGUUAGUACCGAGAAAAUUGCACAAGACCAGCGCGAGGCGACCACUCUUAUGGUGUUCCACACGUCGCCUGCCGAUGUCCCCUCAACACCGAAGGAACCUCCUGCUGCCGACCCUAAUGAAACCGUAUCUGAAGUCAUUCCCUUCGGCGAAAUCCCUGACAACGUCAAGGCUCGACAGGAACGCUACUUUGAAUAUGUUAAUCCAAAGCCUGCUUCCGCGCCUGUUUCCACACCAGCGCAAGCUAACCCUGCAAGCAAUCCUGGAUUCGAUAUUUCAAACUUACUCAAACUCAUCAAGGGCGGGGCGCCGCAACAGUCCACACCCCCUCCGCAACCUCAGCCAGCACCCCAACAGGCACCCUUGGCUGACCUCGAGCGGACCAUCAGUAUGUUCCGCCAGCAGCAGGCUCAGUCAACAGUUCCCCAGAUCCCGCAGGUUUCACAGGUUCCACAGGUUCCACAGGUUCCACAAGUGCCUGCCACGCAGCCACCGGCCGCGCAAGGCGGUGUCAAUUUCCAACAGCUCAUGAGUGUCAUGCAGCAGUUCCAGCACGGGACUGGCUUCCCCCAGCAGCAGCCGAUGCAGUCGCAGCCACAGAUGCAACCUAAUCUUGGUGCCCUGUUCUCGCAAAUCGCCGGACAGAACCAGCAAGCUGGCUCCUCUACUCAGAAUUACGAGGACCCGGAGCGCAAGCGAAUACGUGACGGUGCUCACUAUGACGACCAAUACGAUAAUCAAUGGAAUCGUGGCAAGCGGACCAAGGCUAACGAUCCUAAGCCUUACAAGGUCGGACUGGUUGCUUGUCGGUUCUGGAAGGAAGGCAAAUGCAGAAAAGGCGACAACUGCACAUUCAGACAUGACUCCUAG